AUGGCAUGCUUGAAGAUGCCAACCCGCUCUCCGCUGCACACCCAACCCCCUGCCCCGUCCUUCCCCCCGUUUGCCCCUGCCCGCUCCUCUUCCUCCUCCUCCUCUUCUUCCUCCUCCUCUGCCGCCUUCGCCCGUCAGACCGGCGACCCUCGUCGGGCGCCCUCCUCCGCCGCCGCUGGUAGAGUCUCUGCCCGCGCCCGUGCCCGCGCCAGUCCCUGGGUGUCCAGCCUGCGCUUCACCAUGCUGCCGUUCCCGGCUCGCGCCCACCACUGCGCCAGCUCCGCGGCCCGGGCGCGCGCGUCCGCCGUCGGCCUCUCCUCCCCGGCCGCCCUCUUCCUCUCCUCGCCCCGCUCGGCGGCCGUGCCCCGCGCCUCGGCCCGGGCGGUGGCGCGCAUGGACGGCGACGUGAUCAUCGGCGCGCUCUUCUCCGUGCACCACCAGCCGUCGGCGGACCGCGUGGCCGAGCGGCAGUGCGGCGAGGUGCGCGAGCAGUACGGCAUCCAGCGCGUGGAGGCCAUGUUCUACGCCCUGGACCGCAUCAACGCCGACCCGGCCCUGCUGCCCAACGUCACGCUGGGCUGCGAGAUCCGCGACUCCUGCUGGCACUCGGCCGUGGCGCUGGAGCAGAGCAUCGAGUUCAUCCGCGACUCGCUCAUCUCCAUCCGCGAGGAGGACCCGCUCCUCCAGCAGCAGCUCCUCCAGCAGCCGGGCGGAGGAGGAGGAGGAGCGGCGGUGGCGGCAGCAGCAGCCACCAAGGUGUGCGUGGAUCCGCCAGGGGGGCCCACGGGCCCCAACGCCGCCCAGAAAAAGAAGCCCAUCGCCGGGGUGAUCGGCCCCGGCUCCAGCUCGGUGGCCAUCCAGGUGCAGAACCUGCUGCAGCUCUUCAACAUCCCGCAGAUCGCCUACAGCGCCACCAGCAUCGACCUGAGCGACAAGACGCUGUUCCAGUACUUCCUGCGCGUGGUGGCCUCGGACACGCUCCAGGCCCGCGCCAUGCUGGAUAUAGUCAAGCGCUACAACUGGACCUACGUGUCGGCCGUGCACACCGAAGGUAACUACGGCGAGAGCGGCAUGGAGGCCUUUAAGGAGCUGGCGUCGGAGGAGGGCCUGUGCAUCGCCCACUCGGACAAGAUCUACAGCAACGCCGGCGAGCGCCACUUCGACCGGCUGCUCCGCAAGCUGCGGGAGCGGCUACCCAAGGCCCGCGUGGUCAUCUGCUUCUGCGAGGGCAUGACCGUACGGGGCCUGCUCAUGGCCAUGAGACGACUCGGGGUGGUGGGGGAGUUUCUGCUCAUCGGCAGUGACGGAUGGGCGGAUCGCUAUGAGGUGGUGGAGGGCUACGAGCAGGAGGCGGAUGGAGGGAUCACGCUGAAGCUGCAGACGGAGGAGGUCCAGUCCUUCAACGACUACUUCCUGGAGCUGCGCCUGGACACCAACAAGCGGAACCCGUGGUUCCCCGAGUUCUGGCAGCACCGCUUCCAGUGCCGGAUCCCCUUCCACCCGCAGGAGAACCCCAACUUCCAGAGAGUCUGCACAGGCAAUGAGAGCCUGCGCGAGCACUAUGUCCAGGACAGCAAGAUGGGCUUCGUCAUCAACGCCAUCUACGCCAUGGCCCACGGCCUACACGACAUGCAGCAGGCCCUCUGCCCAGAGCGCUCACUGUGCGACGCCAUGGAUCCUGUGGACGGACGCUACCUGCUGGAAUACCUGCUAAAGACGUCCUUUACAGGGGUGUCGGGAGAGGAGGUGUACUUCGAUGAGAACGGAGACACGUUGGGAAGGUAUGACAUUAUGAACCUGCAGUAUGUGGAACACACGGGUCGCUAUGACUACAUCAACGUAGGCAUGUGGCACGAGGGGAUGCUGAGCGUGGACGACGACAAGCUCCUGAUGAACCGCAGCGAGAUGGUGCGCUCAGUCUGCAGCGAGCCCUGCUCCAGAGGACAGAUCAAGGUGAUCCGUAAGGGGGAGGUGAGCUGCUGCUGGAUCUGCACCACCUGUAAGGACAACGAGAUUGUGCAGGACGAGUUCACCUGUCGAGCAUGCGACCUUGGCUGGUGGCCAGACGAGGACCUGCAAUUCUGUGAGCCGCUGCCUCUGAUGUACCUGGAGUGGAGUGCGGUGGAGUCCAUCGUGGCCGUGGUGUUCUCGUGCCUGGGGAUCAUGGUGACGCUCUUCGUCACCUUCAUCUUCGUCCAGUACCGCGACACGCCCGUGGUCAAGUCGUCCAGCCGCGAGCUCUGCUACAUCAUCCUGAUCGGCAUCCUCCUGGGCUACAUCUGCCCCUUCACACUCAUCGCCCGGCCCACGGUGGCCUCGUGCUACCUGCAGCGCCUCCUGGUGGGCCUCUCGUCGGCCAUGUGCUACUCGGCGCUGGUCACCAAGACCAACCGCAUCGCCCGCAUCCUGGCCGGCAGCAAGAAGAAGAUCUGCACGCGCAAGCCGCGCUUCAUGAGCGCCUGGGCGCAGGUGGUCAUCGCCUCCUUCCUCAUCAGCCUCCAGCUCACCCUGGAGGUGGCGCUGAUCAUCAUGGAGCCACCGAUGCCCGUCAAGUCCUACCCGUCCAUCAGCGAGGUCUUCCUCAUCUGCAACACCUCCACCGUCAGCAUGGUGGCGCCGCUGGGCUACAACGGCCUGCUCAUCCUCAGCUGCACCUACUACGCCUUCAAGACGCGCAACGUGCCGGCCAACUUCAACGAGGCCAAGUACAUCGCCUUCACCAUGUACACCACCUGCAUCAUCUGGCUGGCCUUCGUGCCCAUCUACUUCGGCUCCAACUACAAGAUCAUCACCACCUCCUUCUCCGUCAGCCUGAGCGUCACCGUGGCGCUGGGCUGCAUGUUCACGCCCAAGAUGUACAUCAUCGUGGUCAAGCCCGAGCGCAACGUGCGCAGCGCCUUCACCACCUCGGACGUCGUCCGGAUGCACGUGGGCGACGGCAAGACGGCCGUCCGCCGCAACAACAGCAUCCUCAACAUCUUCCGCCGCAAGAAGACCAACAACAACUCGUCCACCGCCCCGCCGGCCACCUCGCCGGCCAAUCCCGGGAGUAGAAAUUCUAAUGGAAAGUCUAUGUGCUGGUCUGACUCAGGUGGCAGACCACAGACGACACCUCAGCAGACGCCCCAGCCCCCCCGCCAGUCUGUGUGUGCGACGAGACCAGCGCCCCCCCCAAGCCAGACAGCAAUCAUCCGACCCCUAACUAGCUCCCAAACGCCCCCGCGCACCCCCGCUUCCCACCCCCAGCAAGAACACAAGACCUCGCAGGAGGACCAGGGGAUGACGCCAUCACACCCUCAUCACACGGUUGGUAUAGCCCCGGAGGAAGGAGGGACACUCUCUGAUUUGUCCGUUAAGACGGAGGAGCGUACCAACGACGGGCAGCAGGGGGGAUCGCUGGACACGCUGAGUACUAAUGUUCCAACGGAUCACUUGUUGGUGGCCACCUCUGAUGAACCGUUGCUGACCGAUCAGCUGCCUCUGUUCUUGGACGAAGGCGGGGUCUUGGAUGGUGGCGGGGCAUUCGACCUCAUGGAGGACUUCCUCUCUGAAGAGGAAGAGGCGGAGUCCCAGAGCAAGAUGACUCUGUUGACCCCGCCGUCUCCCUUCAGAGACAUCUCGAGGCCCGGGUCUCCCGCCUCCCGCGGAAACGACCUCAGUUCCUCCGACGUCCUGCUCCCUGGCACUAUCACUCAGAUUAACAGUAGGCACAGCUCCUCGACACUUUGA